CCACUGGAGCACUCAGCAGCCGCGCCUCCCCUUCCCUCCCCGCCUCCUCCUCCUCUCCCUCCACUUCUGGCUGUGGCCGGAGAGGACACGUCAGGGAGCAUAAAUAAAUAAAUAAUUCCAUUCACCCAGCGGCAGAGAGGCAAAUCGGCAACGGCUAGGAGGGAACGGAGGGCUGCAGGGCCCACCCGGUGCCGGAGACCAGGCUUUCUCAACACUGGUUGGAUCAGAGCUGUUAAGAAACAAGUUGAGAAACAACUGCACAAAGUCUUGAUAAUCCAGAGUCUUCUCUACCUCUCAUCCUCUGUAUCGCCUUCAAAUAUCACACCUGAAGGAAUAGUGACUGGGCUUAACCAUCCCACAUAUAAACCAAAGAAGUCUGUUCAAGUGGGGAUCAGUCAACAGGUUACCUAAGUUUCCAACAGAAGAGCAGAAAUGCCGCCACCCGCAGGUGGCCUACCACUGAAUCCACCUCCUGAUGGAGGAUGGGGCUGGGUAGUGGUUGGAGCGUCUUUCAUCUGCAUUGGAUUUUCAUAUGCCUUCCCCAAAGCCAUCACAGUAUUCUUCAAAGAAAUCCAGCAUAUAUUCAACACUACCUACAGUGAAAUAGCAUGGAUAUCAUCCAUCAUGCUGGCUGUUAUGUAUGCAGGAGGUCCCUUAAGCAGUAUUUUGGUGAAUAAAUAUGGUAGCAGGCCAGUGGUGAUGGUGGGAGGCUUAUUAUGCUCUGCGGGAAUGGUUGCAGCCUCGUUUAGUUCCAGCGUGAUAGAGCUCUACCUCUCUGUUGGACUCCUUGGAGGUUUAGGUCUGGCCUUCAACCUGCAACCUGCCUUAACAAUCAUUGGCAAAUACUUCUAUAAAAAACGGCCACUGGCAAAUGGAAUCGCCAUGGCAGGAAGUCCUGUGUUCUUAAGUACUUUAGCUCCUUUCAAUCAGUUCCUUUUUAAUACUUACGGCUGGAAAGGGAGUUUCUUGAUUUUGGGAGGAAUAUUGUUGAAUGCCUGUGUUGCGGGGUCCCUCAUGAGACCCGUUGGACCCACACAAACUGCUAAGUCUAAAACUAAGAUUGGCGUGACAGCACAUGAGGCAAGUGUGGAGAAAAGCCAUCAGAAGACAUCGAUAUGGAAAACAAUUGAUAAAUAUUUUGAUUUCUCCCUUUUCAAGCAUAGGGGAUUUUUGAUAUACUUAUCUGGAAAUGUCAUUAUGUUCCUAGGAUUUUUUGCCCCCGUUAUAUUUUUGGCUCCAUAUGCUAAAGAUAAGGGAAUUGAUGAGUAUUCUGCAGCCUUCUUGCUGUCUGUCAUGGCUUUUGUUGAUAUGUUUGCGAGGCCUUCUGUAGGAUUUAUUGCAAACUCCAAACUCAUUCGACCUCGAAUCCAGUACUUCUUCAGUUUUGCAGUCAUGUUCACCGGAGUGUGUCAUCUCUUGUGCCCGCUGGCACAGGACUACACGAGCCUGGUGUUUUACGCUAUAUUUUUUGGCCUUGGAUUUGGGAGUGUUAGCAGUGUCCUCUUUGAAAGUCUCAUGGACCUCGUUGGUGCUCAGAGAUUUUCCAGCGCUGUGGGACUCGUCACAAUUGUGGAGUGUUGCCCAGUUCUUCUUGGGCCUCCUCUUGCUGGUAAAUUGGUGGAUGAAACUGGAGAAUAUAAAUAUAUGUAUCUGGCCUGUGGAGCUAUUGUGUUCUUAUCAAGUGUGUGGCUGCUCGUUGGCAAUGCUAUAAACUAUAGAUUGCUUGCAAAGGAAAAGCAAUUGGAAGAAGCAAAGAAAAUUCAUAAGCCUGUGUUCACAGAAUCUGAACCCUUGAGGCAGUCUAAAGAAUGUGACGUUGAUAUCAAAAGUACGAGAGGAGAGAGUAAUUUCUCAGAAAGAGAAACUAAUAUGUAGCAAGAAUCACGUCUCUGAUUUUAGUGUUUAUGACUUUUUUAGCAGUGUUUUUUCCAAAAUAUUGGAAAGGAUUUUAAUUGAAAUAAAACUCCAUAAUUAACAAUGGAUAUGAGACUUUUCUCAGUGGAAGAUCUUAAAUGUUUCUUUUUAAAAAUUUGUUUAGGCAGGUAAAUUUGAGAUUAUGCAUCUAAAGAAUCAAUGCAAGGACUUUAUUUCUGAUUGUGAUAAUUAAAAUAACUUUCAACUCUUCCAGUGACUUCCAGUCUUGAUUACAGAGAUCCAAACUCCAAACUCCUGGUUUAAGUAAUUAGGAGUACAUUUAAUCCUAUAAGAAUUCCCUCUCCACAUUUCACUUUUUUAAUAUUAAAGUGUGAAAUGGAAUUAAAGGAAAAAGAAUUUCCACUUGCAGUCUCUGGAGAACAAGACAAGUAAUUUCAAAAGGAGUAUCACUAAUUAUAUUUUUUUACCUUAAAAAAAAUCCAUGGAGAAACAAGAAAUGAAGUGUGUUAUAUCUGUAUACUACUGUGCAAUGUGGAUCUUAAAGAUAAGAACAUGGGUGAAAAUGAGGUGAUCUUAAUUUGAAAAUAUAGCUAACUGUUGUAAAAAAGAAAAGCAUUUGCAUACAUAAAAUAAUAUUGAAAAAAGCACUCCAUUUAAAACCAUUAUUUCUGAACACUGUUGGAUUUGAUUAAUCCAUGCACAUGAUUUCUUUGAAAGGGCCAUUAGUACCUGGUGCUAGAGAAUAGAAUCCUCAAAUAAUUUUGAGAAUUUUUACCUAAUGUGUAAAUUAUAUUAAAAGCCUACAUUACUCUAAGCAAUAAGCUAUGUCCAUUGAUUUUAAAAAGGAUUUUUGUUAGUAAUCCGGAAAGUAAUAACCAGGGAUUCAUUUUAACCAGAACUCAUACUGAGACAUCAAGUGGAAUCAGCCUGAAUCCAGUAGACAGUCAUGCAGAUAGGCCAAGCUCUAAUUUUUCCCAACAUGUAGUGGUGAUCAGUGGUGUACUGUAAUCAGUGAUCCAACUGCAUAAAGCUAAGAGUGGGAGGUGCUUAUAAUGAACCCUCUGAAGUCUCAUCCUCCUCCCUUCCCCAAAAUGCAAAAGCAAAAAACAAAACUCACAAAUAGGCUUUUACUCAGCCACUGAAAAUGCCUCACUAUAAGAAUGGCAGCACUUGCAAAUUCUGCCCUUUACUGAUUGACUUUCUGCUGCAUCUGAACACAACUAAGCCAGGAGACUGUUAAAAACAAAACAACAACAAAACAACAACAAGAGCAACAAAAAAUGUCUAGGUUCCAAGCUAGGUAUACAUUUUGGAGGUGUAGGGCUCGUGCAUAACACAAUAGCAAGCAGCUUGCAACUGCAGCCAGAUUAAUUGAACAGUUUCUUAUUUUCAUAACUAUGUGAAAACAUCUGGGACUCUGAAUCACUUUUGAAUACAGUCACAUAUGAUGGUUCUACUUUUAACCAAGAAGGAAACUGUGCAUUGAGACUAAAGUUAUAAAUAUUUAAAUACAUCUACAGAUCUGAAGUUUAAGAUCAUGGUUAAUAAAAAUCAUUCAGUACUUGAUUACUGAAGUGUUGUCACUCUUAAGAUGGCAAAAGAAAUUUGCUGUUUUCUUUUAUUGCAGUAGAGGCAGGUGCUAUUCUUAUUUCUAAUAAGAUUGUACCUGGAUACCAGGUUUUUGUGAUACUUAACGUUAAGGAUUUGCUUUGUAAAAUGUAUGCACUGUUUAAGCAGUUAUAUAAAAUUCCGUAUUUCAUUUAACAUUCACUUUUUGCAUAUGAAAGAGUUAUUUAUAUUUUUCAAAUAUUAAACAAAACAAUAUGUGCCAAUACCAUAGGUAAAUUAAUCAGGGAGAUGUAACUAUAUACACUGAUUUUUUAAAUUCAAUUUUGCCCAAUCUUAAAUCUUGAAGGAUCUAUUUUCAUAUGUCACUGAUUCAUCAUAAGAAAUGCAACAUCAUAAAUUAAUAGCUCUACAAUCUUAAACAUUCCCAAAAGUGUCUUAAAUUCUCUGAAGGUAACUAAAUUAAUAUAGAUAUCAGACCUGGGUGGUGGGGGAUUAAACAGCAAAAUAAAGAUUGUGGGGUUUUAGGUCUAAGGCUGUAGUCCUUUUUAUCUCCUGCUAGUAGAGACAUGCUGGUGUGGUGGGUGCAUUCCAGUGGCUUUCUCCAUGAAAGGAGGUUCAUGUACAUACCAAUAAAUUUCUUGUCAAAAACCAA